CCUAUGGAACGCCCCAAGCUGUGAAUCAAGGUAUGUCAACAAAUGAUCCGGUGAACAUUGACAAUGAUGAAGACGACAAUGUGGCAGAAAGGCAAGUAAAGAAAAAAUAUUGGAGUCAUGAAGAGGAGGAGAGACUGGCCAGUUCUUGGUUGAAUGCUUCCAAAGAUCCAAUUAAGGGAAAUGAUAGGAAAGGUGAUACAUUUUGGAAGGAGGUUACCGAAGAAUUUAACAAGUUAGGGAAUGGGAAAUAUACAAGGAAAACAAACCAGUUGAAGGUUCACUGGACACGCCUAAAGUCAUCUACCAAUGAUUUCAAUGGCUUCUGGAGUACUGUGACUAAAAUACAUACAAGUGGAUACUCAAAUAACAUGCUAGAGGAUGAGGCUCAGAAGAUGCAUGAGCAAAAGUUUGGAAAGCCUUUCUCGUUGGUGCAUUGGUGGAGGAUACUAAAAGACGAGCCGAAAUGGUGUGCGCAGUUUCAGGAGACAGAUAACAACAAGAGCGAGUUACUUGAUGAUACAGAUGAGCCGAAAAAGUGCCGACGAUGAUUCUUGAGGCCGUGGCAUCACAUGAUCUUUGGAUUUGGCAUGCGUUCUUCGGAGCAGCUGGUUCUAACAAUGAUAUUAAUGUUUUGAACCAAUCUACUAUAUUUAUCAAUGAGCUAAAAGGACAAGCUCCUAGAGUCCAGUAUAUAGUCAAUGGGAAUCAACACAAUAUAGGGUACUAUCUUGCUGAUGGAAUAUACCCUGAAUGGGCUGUAUUCGUGAAGUCAAUACAUAUGCCCAUCACUGAGAAGGACAAGUUGUAUGCAGAACAUCAAGAAGGGGCAAGAAAGGAUAUUGAAAGAGCCUUUGGGGUAUUGCGUCGUCGAUUUUUCAUUUUAAAACGACCAGCUCGUCUAUUUGUCCGAGAUCAACUUCAAGAUGUUGUUCUAGCUUGCAUCAUACUUCACAAUAAGAUAGUUGAAGAUGAGAAGGAAGAUGACAUUGAAGAAAAUCUAGAUCUGAAUGUGGCUCCUAGUUCAGCAACGGUUCAAGAACCGGAAAUCUCUCCUGAUCAGAAUGUUCCGUUUGAGAGAGUUCUAGAAAAAGAUAGUGAUAUUCGAGAUCGAUCGGCUGAUUUCCGACUUAAGAAGGAUUUAGUGGAACAUAUUUGGAAUAAGUUUGGUCGCACUUGAGAU